AUGGGAAUGGAAGGGUUAAAUUGUCUUCAGGAACAGGAAAUAAGUGGACGGUAUAGACAUUUCAUUAGAAUGUUAUCUAUUGAUUUUGAAUAUCUAAUGAAUUUGAUCGGUGCAAACAUUUCCAAAAAAUAUAACAUUUCCGGAAAGCCAUUCCUGUGCAAGAAAGAUCUGACACGUUACGAUUUUUGGCAACUGGUGAAUCCUAUCAAAGUUUGCAGUACCUUUUUAAAAUGUCAAAACGUGUUAUUGGACAGAUUGUUCCCGAAGUAUGCCAAGCAAUUGUGGCAGCAUUAA